AGCAAGGAACGGUGCGCACUUGCACUCGCGUCGCGUCCCGCGAGCUCCGCGGAAACAGCUAUCCACGUCAGCCGCAGCGGCCGCCCGCCGUUUUUCCCUUUUCCAGGCGCGACCCGGCGGCCGCACCCGGUUGCGCAGCACGCCGCUCCGCUCCCCGCCUCGUUUCCCCCGCGCGGCCGCGCCCGAAAGGCGAAGAGCGGCGCACCCUAGCGGGGCCACGAUGUCGUCUGCUAACGUGCGCGGCGCGCAGCCUAGCACCGACCGCAGGUUAAGUACGCUGGUGCGCCACCUACUGCCUUCCUCCGCACGAACAGCAACCACCACCACCACCUCCGCGGCCGCCGCCGACUCUCCCCUCGAAGCUUUCCCCACCAUGGCGUCGUCGUCCGUCUUCGCUGGCCUCACGCAGGCGCCGGAGGAUCCCAUCCUCGGAGUGACGGUCGCGUACAACAAGGAUCCCAGCCCGGUGAAGGUCAACCUCGGCGUCGGCGCCUACCGGACAGAGGAAGGGAAGCCCCUGGUGCUGAAUGUGGUCAGGCAUGCCGAGCAGAUGCUGAUCAACAACCCGUCACGUGUUAAGGAGUACCUGCCAAUAACUGGACUGGCCGAAUUCAAUAAGCUGAGUGCUAAGCUUAUCUUUGGUGCUGACAGUCCUGCCAUUCAAGAGAGUAGGGUGGCUACAGUGCAGUGCUUGUCAGGAACUGGUUCUUUAAGGGUGGGAGGUGAAUUUCUUGCAAGGCAUUAUCAUGAACGCACAAUCUACAUUCCGCAGCCAACCUGGGGAAAUCACCCCAAAGUGUUCACUUUAGCUGGCUUGACUGUCAGGAGUUACCGCUACUAUGAUCCUGCAACCCGUGGACUGGAUUUCCAAGGGCUGUUAGAAGAUCUCGGUUCAGCUCCUUCAGGUGCAAUUGUACUGCUUCAUGCUUGUGCCCACAACCCUACUGGAGUAGAUCCAACGUUGGAUCAGUGGGAACAGAUCAGGCAAUUGAUGAGAUCAAAAGCAUUGCUGCCAUUCUUUGACAGUGCUUAUCAGGGAUUUGCAAGUGGAAGUCUUGACAAAGAUGCUCAAUCAGUGCGCAUGUUUGUUGCUGAUGGUGGUGAAUUGCUCAUGGCCCAGAGCUACGCUAAGAACAUGGGAUUGUAUGGAGAGCGUGUUGGUGCUUUAAGCAUUGUUUGUGGAAGUGCUGAUGUAGCUGUCAGGGUUGAAAGUCAACUCAAGCUUGUAAUUAGGCCUAUGUAUUCAAACCCUCCUAUUCAUGGUGCAUCUAUCGUGGCUACCAUACUUAAGGACAGUGUGAUGUUCAAUGAAUGGACUGUGGAGUUGAAGGCGAUGGCUGACAGGAUUAUUAGCAUGAGGCAACAGCUUUUUGAUGCCUUGAAAACGAGAGAAACACCUGGAGAUUGGAGCCACAUUAUUAAGCAGAUUGGAAUGUUUACUUUCACUGGGCUCAAUAGUGAUCAAGUGGCCUUCAUGAGGCAGGAGUACCACAUUUACAUGACAUCUGAUGGGAGGAUCAGUAUGGCUGGUUUGAGCGGCAGGACGAUACCCCAUCUUGCAGAUGCCAUCCAUGCCGCAGUCACAAAACUGAAGUGAACAAUGAUAGCGUAACAACUCCCUCCGAGAAUAACAUCUUAAAAUCACCUAAAGCAGUGUUCUAAGGAUUCAGCUAGUGAUGUUUGCUGGUUGAGCACAUCCUGGAAGUUGUCUUGUAAUUGACUCGUGUUACUUGCUUUUGGGGGCAGUUUUGUACCGGUGGAUUCAGGGAAAAAAAUGGUGAUUCAUUUGGAAUCACCUAAUAAGCUCCAUCUGUGAUGCUUUCAC